AGGGGGUUGGGCUAGAUGACCCUCGGGGGUCCCUGGUCCAGCUCUGCCAUUUUACAAGCCCCAAGCGGAAGGCCGGCUUGUGAUUUUAGUCAGGAGGGGUGGGGAAACCAUUUUCGCUCCUCACAGAAACCCGGGGUUCCCGUGUGUGUCUGUGAGGGAGGAGGACGCUAUGGCCGGCCUCGGCCUGAGGAGGCGGGAGAGCGCCGCCGCCAUCCCUCGCGCCCUCUGAGGCGAAGGCAGCGAGGAGGCGGGAAAGGGCGACGCCGAGGAGGAGGAAGAAGGAGGCGCCCGGCCGCCGCCGCCGCCGCCGCCGGCCUCGUCAGUCCCCGCCCCGCGGCGCUCGCGCUCCCUCUCGCCGCCCGCCCGCCCGCCGUCCGCCCGUCCUUCCUCCCCCUUCGUCCGCCGGGGCCGCCUGCCGCUGGGAGCCGAGCCGAGUCCCGCUCCUCUUCCUCCGCCGCCGCCGCCAUGAGCUUCUUGUUUGGUAGCCGCUCUUCUAAAACUUUUAAACCAAAGAAGAAUAUUCCAGAAGGCUCUCACCAAUAUGAGCUGCUGAAACAUGCAGAGGCCACUCUUGGAAGUGGCAACCUACGGAUGGCUGUUAUGCUGCCUGAGGGUGAAGAUCUAAAUGAAUGGGUUGCAGUGAACACUGUGGACUUCUUCAACCAGAUCAACAUGCUUUAUGGGACAAUUACAGACUUCUGCACAGAAGAGAGCUGCCCAGUGAUGUCUGCAGGUCCAAAAUACGAGUACCACUGGGCAGAUGGGACAAACAUAAAGAAGCCAAUCAAGUGUUCAGCACCAAAGUACAUUGAUUACCUUAUGACAUGGGUUCAGGACCAGCUGGAUGAUGAGACACUCUUCCCAUCCAAAAUAGGUGUUCCUUUCCCAAAGAACUUCAUGUCGGUAGCUAAAACGAUCCUAAAGCGUCUUUUCAGAGUUUAUGCUCACAUCUACCACCAGCACUUUGAUCCAGUCAUUCAGCUGCAAGAAGAGGCACAUCUCAACACAUCCUUCAAGCACUUUAUCUUUUUUGUUCAGGAAUUUAACCUUAUAGACAGAAGAGAACUUGCUCCACUUCAAGAACUGAUUGAAAAACUCACUUCAAAGGACAGAUAAGCAGAAGUGAAUUUGUGCAAAUCACUUGUUUGGUUUAAGCAGGCAUGUGGUGUUUUAGGGAUUUGAGCUGCAAUCCUCUGCACACUGAUUAAGAUCCAUGGAACUUACUCCUGAGCAAGCGUGUGAAGAGGCUUGCAGCCUUUUAAAUUUUUGUUUAUGUUUUUAGAAAGAAAAGGAAACCUGUUCUUGUUUUUUAUUUGGGCAACCUAGAUCCAUUCUCUGUGCUUUUAUUAGAGGAACUCGUUUGUCUUUAGUGAGACACACACAGUAAAUGGCUUUCUGUUAUUGUUUGUUGUGUAAUCUUCUUUUAGCAGAUGUCGAGUGUUUAUAAAGGAGAGGGAAAAAAUACAUGCUUGUUGGGAAAUGUGACACUGCUGGUUGUAUGGGUUCUGCGUUGCCAAUUGCAGCCCAUUCUCAGAAAGUCCUUUAAGAGACUUAACAUUCUCUAAGUGCCUUGGCAGACUCUCUUCUGAGGUACAAAGCACAUACAAAGAACAUUGCUGGAACCAGAAAACACAAAUUGCUACCCAGGACUUACACUUCUUGUUAGAUAUAAAUAAAUAUGUGUAAACCUUUUUUUAAAAAAGCCAUAACUUCUAUAAGUGAUCUCCAGCUUUUAAUGCAAAACAAUGCCUUUAGAGAUGAAUGUGGGCUACAGGAGGUGGGGAGAGAGGGGGGCUCAUUUUUCUUUCUUUCUUUUAUGUCCUCAGAAACCCACCCAACGUCUUGCAUCUGUGGAGGACUAAGGACAGCCUGGGGGUUGACCACUUUCUUCUUUGUUGCUUGCAUUUGUUCUUCAAACAUUCAACUUUCCUUUAGAUUAGCCAGCCUGAUUUUGAUGAUCACAGGCGGUCAAACUGUACUGUAAGCUUUCUUACCCGUAUAAAUCAGUAGCCUUGCCAGAGCAUCAAGAGGAAACAAGGGGAAGUUGUUUACGGAGAACAACAGUGGUGUUAACAAGGAUUUUAAAAAUAUUUUUAAAUCCACCAUAGUCAUUUUAUUGCGAGUGGCAGAAAUCUCACUUGAUGUACAAGUGUGGGCUCCUUAGUUGCAAACUGCCUCAAUCCAUUUGUCGUAUGGAACACUUGCCAUUCCAUUCAUCCUAAGCGCACAGUCCCACUGCAGUCCUAACUGUACACCCAAAUGCAGCAGUUUUCUUAUAUGGCACACAGUACCACUUUUUCAUGUUUUUAGAUGUCUCGGUUUACUUUUACUCACACAUAUUUUGUAUUUUUGUCACUCUUUCUUUGUUUCUUCCCCUCCUUUCAAAUGAGAUGACCCAGUACCUUAUAACCAGGCACCCAGAUAACCGUCACCUGUUGGUUUGUGGAUGUUUUUGAUAGCACGUUGGGAAACCCAAGACUUUUCAUUCUUAGAAGUUCAGAACAUGAGCUGUCUCUGAUUCCCACAUGUUCAUAAGAUUGUCAGGUUUAAUUCAGAGUUCUAUAUACAAUCAGAUCUUUCUUGCACAUUUGCAACUUGCCACUUCUCUGAUUAUAUAGUGUUAAAUCUAAAAUGUUGGGUUUUUUUGCUGAUGCAUCAUACUCUUCAGAUGUUCUUAAACCAAUUUGCACAGAAUGAUUUAAAACGGAGUUCUGUGUAGUAUAGAGAUAGCCUUCCUUGGGUGAAAUUGAUCUGAAUCUGCAAAUUCACAAAGUGGUAUCUUAUUGAGUAUGCAUUUCAGACAUAAGCUGUGUGCCCAUGCAUGUCCCUUUUAAAAUCUUGUGUGCACAACACCUUCCCAUAGCAUGUUUUUUGCAGUGUGUGUAAGUUACUUAUGCACAAUGUGUGUUUUAAACACUGCAUUAUCCAGUGUUCAACAUGCUCUUGAGCUUAAGACGUGGUCUUGAAUUAUUUGUAACUCAGUCAUAAAAGGAAAAACAAGAAAUGCCAUGAACUCAUCUAGGCUUACUUCACCUUGAUAAUUAGGUAGCCCUUGCUCAUUGUACCUAAUGUACAUUUUGCAUGGAGCACCAUAAUUCUGCAUGUAGAUUUAGCAAAAUAAAUGAUCAGCAGUUUGGGUACUACUUAAUAUGCACACACGGUAUUACAUAUGCUAAUCUUUUAUGGUAUUACAUAUGCUAAUCUAUGUCCAGGCUUGAUUUUAUAGAAGUCAGGCUUACCAUUCUGAGAUCAAAUAUUUAAAUAGAUUUUUGAGGACCUUUUAAAAAAAUUGGAUUUUACAGACAGCAGUUUAUAAGGAAGGAAGUUACUAUUUAAAUGUUUCCCACUGAUGAGCAAUUUCAAUCCCUUGAAAUAUUAAUUUAACACACACACAAACACACACAAUUUUUUUAGGGACUGUUGUGAACCUUCUAUAAGGUAAGUCUGUUCUAUAAAGGUACAAUGAGAGUGUAUUAAGUUUCAAAUGCUCAUUGUAGGGGGGGGGAUAAUUUGGUUUGCUUUCGUUUGCUGACUUCUUGGUUGGAUAAUAAAAGGCUGGAGAUCACUGAGAGUACAUUUAGUUAAACUCUGUUGAUUUCAUUAAACUUGAAAACGAAAACACUGAAGAUAUCUCAUUGUAUUGAACACAGAGUAUAUCUUUGUAUUGCAUUGGGAACUUUUUCAUUUUUCGGUGAUGGCCUUCAAACACAAUAUAUACUAUUUUACCAAUGCAUUCAAACGUAAAUCCAGGUCUCCUUGAUUUUUUUCAUCUGACCAAGGAUUUUGAAAACUGAACACCUUAGUAUUUUGAAAUCCACAAAAUUAUAGUCUGGAUCUGGGUUUCAAUCUUGAAGGGAUACUCUGCUAAAUGCCAGGUUGCUUUUUUAUAUAUUAAACAUUGGAUAUUCAGGCCUGGGAAUAUAGUCACAGCCAGCCAUUGCAUUUUAACACUCUUUUACAUUGUGGAGGAAGAGCGAAGGAGCUUCAAAAGUCUGAACCAGUUUUACUCUUAUUUCAGCUUUCAGUGUGAUUCUUUGUUUUGGUGAUGGGGUUAAUAACUUCAGGAGGUAACCUUCCUCAAUCUGAUGAGACAGAGUAAAAUUGAUGGUCAUGGAAGUUGAUGCAAGUCCAAUAAAGCGGUUGUGUUGUGCUUUCUUAGGCCAGUGAACAAGGAUUUACAUUGUUAAGACAGAUUUUUUAAUUCUGACCAUAGAAAUUGUAUGUCUCCUUUGCAUAUUCGUGUCAGGGAUCCAUGUUCAUUGCGUAAAUAUAAAAAUGUCCCACAAUAUUUUAGUGGUAACUCAGCUUUAGCCAGAAAGCUUUCAAAAGGAUUAAUAGCUCUUCUGUAAGUUCAUGUCAAGUUUUUGUUUACUGCUUACUAUGCAAUCUAGAACUCUGAAUAUUUGCAGUUGCUUUUAAGACAGAAAACCAGAGACUCUUUAAUCUUUUAGAACUGAAAUCUCUCUCUGAAGUUCCCUUUACAGGCAAAAGGCCAAUUUGCUGCUAUUGACUCUUCUUACCUUUUCAGAUUUCCCCUCUCUUUUCCUUGAGCUCUUGCCUUGAAUUGCCAUACAAAGUUAUAAGAUUUUUUUUUAAUUAAAAAAAAAUCAGCAUGGGAAUAUCUUAAACCAGCUGACAUGUAUUCUUUCCCCCUGGAAUACUAUAUUAUAGGUGAAAUUCCUUCUUUCAUAUUAAAUAAAAACAAGAAGGUGGACCUGCCAAUUUUUCAACUGCAACAUUCCCAUGUUACUUAAUAUUUUCAUUUCUUUCCAUUGCAUUUCUUUCAAUAGGUAACUAUUUAGGGUUUUCUAGACUGCAUCGAUAGAACCACUAGCCACCUUAGGAGUGAGAUACUUAAAUUUAAGUAAAAGUUUAGUUGGCAUCUUAUUUCUGCCAGUUGUACACAUAGUUUCAUUUUUUGAAAUUCAGUUCCCUCCUAAAAUGGCAAAGUAAUUCAACUUUUGAAACUCUUCGUUUGCUUGGUUUUUUUCUUCUCCAAGAACACUGUCCUUUCAAUAGUUUUUUCAUAGAUAACUGUAUUUUUAGGGGAAAUUAAUUUUUAUAGCCACUAAACUGUACUCAUUAUUUUUGUACAUGUAUAACUAGGUCAUUCUGGGAACACAAAUCUUUUGAAAGGUCAUUUGGUUCCAUUUUUGAAGACAUUUAUUCACAGAUGUUGUGUUUGCUAAAUAUUGCCAUAAAAAUCAAUACAUUUUAACUUGUAUUGUGAAAAUUAAAAGGCUUGAGUAAAUAUUACUCAUUGGUAAACCUGAUACACGCAGACAGACCUGCCUAACUCUUACUAUAACUGGCAAAGCCUUAAGUGCAGUUGGGGGGGGGGCGGGACAGGAGACUAGAUAAAAGAUAGGACCACUUGCUUGUGCUCUCCUAAGAGGGAACAUCCAGGAGCAUGGAGGUUUCCUGAUGUGCACUGCACAGCACACAUCAGCUAUGGCCACAGAUUCCUGCCUGAAUCAGGCUAGGUCUGUCCAGCCAGCAUAAUCAAGCAGUCUAGCUUGUAGGACUGCACAACCUCAGGCUACAAUUGGUGAUGGUAAGAAGGGGAAGGAGUUGCAUCAUCAUGGGGUUGGGCAGCGGGGUGAGGGAUUUCCUUGCAAAAGAAAAAGCAGCAUUUUGGGUAGAAUGCUUAAACUGCAAACCAUCUCCUAAAGGUGCUUUCCACCUGUAAAGAGUUUAAGCUGUGGCAGGAGUAUUCACGCAUGCAGCUGUCUCUCCCCUUGGCAGCUAGAAGCAGUACAGGAAAAGCCUUACCAUUUAAUUGUUCUGAGUGCAUAAAUUGGUUUCCCUUGUACUUGAUUUUAUGCUGUAUCAGUCUUGCCUUCAUGUGUGAGCUCACUCAGUGACCCCUUCUCUGAACCUGGUGUUGGGCCUGCUUUUUGGAAGCAAGAAGGUAUUGCAGAUGCAACACUAUGAUGUCUGCUUCUUUUAAAUACUUCAAAAGCAGCUGGACAAAAUAGGCUUAAAAUAUAAAAUGCAACACCGAGACCUGUACUGUACGCAGACUGUGCCAAUAUUACUUCAGUUUGUAGUCAUUAUUGAUCAAUACUUGUUUUAAAUGAAAACAGCUUUUUGAUUUAAAAAAAAGUUGAAUGUCUGAAAUUCUGCAACACAUGUAUUGGAAAGAUGUAAAUAAUGUAUACAGAUUGUUGUAAGUGAUGGGAUGAAAAAUAUAUAUAAAUUCUAGGCUUUUUCAGUAAGGAACUGAAUGCUGUUUAUAAGAAGAAAAAUAAAUAGCUAUGUUUGACCACGAUUGCCUUUUCUUUCCCUCCUCAUCCUAACUUGCAGUUUUUCAAUGUAUCCAUUAUGUACACAUUGUACACAUCUGAGUAUUCCACAUACAAAUUACUUUAUGUGAUCACCUCACCUGAAUUUGUGAACUAUUUGUAUUGCAGGCAAAUCUAAGAGCAAUAAAACAAACCUGAUGUC